AUGCAAACAUACAUGCUUAGGCUCCUCAUUCAUGUUAUUAUCGGUUUGAUAAGUACGAUAACUAUUUUUGGUGCCGCCAUCAAUCAUCAAACAUCAUACGAUCUUGUUCAAGAUUUACCAUCAAAAUCUUCUCUUUAUCGUCAACAAGAAUCUCAUUUGCAAAAUGACAAUAGCGCACCAUUCUCGAAAUUGCGUUUAAAACGAUCACCGGUGAAAAAAUUCUAUGAAUUUGGUUCUAAACGAGCUUCUUAUGAUGACGGUGAAGAUGGAUAUAAUCUUGAUAAACGAUUCUAUGAUUUCGGAGUAAAAAAGCGUUUUUACGAUUUUGGAGUAAAACGAGCAAGUUAUAUUCCCACAAGUGAUUAUUUUUAUGACAAAAACAAUGAUUAUUCAAAAAGAUUUUAUGAGUUUGGAUCUAAACGAACAACCGAAUAA